AUGAUAUUGAUAUUGUUGGUGAAUCUACACUGCAGAAGCAGAACAGCAUUUCAAGUAAUCAGCAAGGUAAGGGACUCAUCUUCAGAUCUAGCUACAGCGAGGUCUGAUAAGAGUUCUUCCCUAUUUUCUCCUGGACAAAACCUCUUCCCUCGCCUCUCCCCCUCCUCCUCCAGAUCCUCUAACUCUCCCCUCAUCUACCCCUCAACCUCCCCUCACCCAGCACGAUCCUCACCAGAUCCUCUGCACUCAUGUAAGACGGAUGAGAACUCGAACACGGAGUCUGGUUUGGUUUACUCCAGGUACCAGGGCGAGCAGGAGAGUAGACAAGGACGGGUUGAGGAGGAGAGAAGAGGAGAAGAUGAGUUAACACCUAAACGUAUAAGAUUAACUGGAGUAUACGGGUGUCCUAUAUGUGGGAUUGGUCUAACUGCACAAGAAGCUGAAUCACAUUAUGCUCAGGAGUUAGAUUACUUGGGAAAAGUGUCUCUGGGUGUUCUGCGAACCAUUUCAUCUUCAGAUCUAGCUGCAGCGAGGUAUUCCUGUGUUUCAGAUCAAUCUCCUAGAUCAAGAUGUGAUAGUUUCUUGAGAAUCCAAAGAAACAGACAGAGCAGGGUUCGAGUCAAACUUUGCAGAAGAGCAGGGCGGAGACAGGAUGAGGUUCUUGAUGACGACAUCGGAGAUCUGGAAGAUGAUAUUGAUAUUGUUGGUGAAUCUACACUGCAGAAGCAGAACAGCAUUUCAAGUAAUCAGCAAGGUUUGUAUGGACCUCCGCAAUUUACAGAAGAAGAUUUAGAAGUAUUUCGUAAGAACAGGGGAAAAGAAAUUGAUGUGCCAAAGUCAGAUGAAGAAACUGACAUAAAGCUUGAAGACAUUGAUGUUACUGCAGUUAAGAAAGAAGAUGUUCCUGAAAGUAUUGAUGAGAAGAAAACAGAUCUGAAGACCGAUGAAAACUGCUUGAAUGAAAACAGAAGAAGUGGGAAGGUGCUCUGCUCUUCUUGUGAUGAUGGGCUGGAAGAAGCAGUUGUAUCUCUUCAAUGUUGGCAUAUACAAUGUAAAACUUGUUGGCUUUCUCAAUUGGCCAACACCCAGAUUUGCAUGAGAUGUGAAAUGGCUUGCGCUCCUAAACAUCUUAGAAGAGUUUAUCUGUGAUCCUGUUUCUAGUUCUUAAUGUCACCGCCAGGGGUAAUAACUCAGUACAUGGUCCUUUUCUAGUUCAAAAAGUCAACGCCAGGAGAAUCAGCUGAUUCCAUCAUUUUCUAGUUCAAGAAGUCGCCGUUAGAAGAUUCAACUGAUCACAAAGAAGCUUGGUACUGUUUCUAGAUUAAGAAAUCACUGCCUGAUUAAAGGCAGCGUGGCUUAGUUUCACCCUUCUCCUUGGAUAAAGUAUAAAAUCAAAUUAUUAAAUCUUAAUGUUAAAUGUCACUUAAUUAACAGUACUUUGCCCAUACUUAUCAUUAAUUUACAAUUAUUGUCACACGUUCUUUAUUGGAAAUUUCUCUAAUUGUUGAUAAGGGUGGUUUGUGUAAAGAGAAACCAGUAAAGACCCUCAUAAAAUGCACCCUUGUAAAAACGACCCUUUUUUCUCAGCGUGAUUAUAUAAAACAAAAAAGUGACUUUAAUUAUAAUUUACAAAACUAAAACCAAAGUUAGAAAAAAGAAGAAAAAUACA